CGCCUUCAAACAACUUCCUGUUUGUGUAUUAGCGGAUAUGAAGGAGUUUUUCCGCUGUUCUCAUUCCUCUCUGUCCCAAUUCUACUUUUGAUUUAAUAAAAACUGAGGACUAAAGAUGUCUGAAACCGGGAACCGACUGCGGAAGCUUCUCGAAUCGCCCAAUUUCGACCCGCAAAGCUACGUGAAGCAGCUGUCCCAGCAGUCCGACGGAGACAGAGACCUGCAGGAGCAUCGGCAGAAAAUCCAGAAUCUGGCCGACGAAACGGCCCAGAAUCUCAAAAAGAAUGUUUACAAGAACUACAGGCAGUUCAUCGAGACGGCCAAGGAGAUCUCAUACCUGGAGAGCGAGAUGUACCAGCUGAGCCACAUCCUGACCGAGCAGAAGAGCAUCAUGGAGAGCAUCACUCAGUCCCUGCUCUCCACGGAUAAAGAUGAGACCUCCAAGGAGAUGCAGGCAGCUUUCCCCAAGGAGACAGAGGAGCUGAAGCAGAGGACGCUCACCUCCCUGCUGGAGAAGGUGGAAGGAGCAAAGAACAUCAUGGACAUCCCGGGGAGACACCUGGUCUACAACGGAGACCUGGUGGAGUUUGACGUGGACAACAUGUCGCCCAUCCAGAAGGUUCACGCUUUCCUCAUGAACGAUUGCCUGCUGAUCGCCACCUGGCUACCCAACCGCAGAGGCACGGUGAAGUACAAAUACAACGCCUUGUACGACCUUGAGAGCUUCGCCGUGGUGAACGUGAAGGACAACCCCCCCAUGAAGGACAUGUUCAAGAUCCUCAUGUUCCCCGACAGCCGCAUCUUCCAGGCGGAGAACAGCAAAGUGAAGAAGGAGUGGCUGGAGAUCCUGGACGAGACCAAGAAGAACAAAGCUUCCAAGGAGAAGCACAAGAAGGAGGAGGAGGUCCCCACGUCUCCGGUGCGGGCCGAAGUAUCCACCAACCCCUUCGACAUGGAGGACGAGGAAACGGUGGAGUCGGAGGACGGAGUGGAUCUCAGCCUGGAGUGGAUCCAGGAGCUGCCGGAGGAUCUGGACGUGUGCAUCGCGCAGAGGGACUUCGAGGGCGCAGUGGACCUGCUGGACAAGCUGAAUGAGUAUCUGAAGGACCAGCCGGCGACGCCCAGGGUGAAGGAGCUCCGGGCGAAGGUGGAUGAGCGUGUGCGGCAGCUGACGGAGGUCCUGGUGUUUGAGUUGUCUCCAGAUCGCUCCCUUCGCGGUGGACCUAAAGCGACCCGGCGGGCGGUGUCCCAACUCAUCCGACUUGGUCAGUCCACCAAAGCAUGCGAACUCUUCCUGAAGAACCGCGCCGCCGCCGUCCAGACAGCGAUCCGGCAGCUUCGCAUCGAAGGAGCCACGCUUCUCUACAUCCACAAGCUCUGUAACAUCUUCUUCACCAGCUUGCUGGAAACCGCCAAGGAGUUUGAGAUGGACUUUGCGGGAAACACGGGCUGCUACUCGGCCUUCGUGGUCUGGUCCAGGUCGGCCAUGACCAUGUUUGUAGACACCUUCAGCAAACAGGUGUUUGACAGUAAGGAGAGUCUGUCCACAGCAGCCGAGUGCGUCAAAGUGGCCAAAGAGCACUGCCAGCAGCUGACCGAGAUCGGCCUGGACCUGACCUUCACUCUGCAGUCACUGCUGGUUAAGGACGUCAAGGCGGCCCUGCAGAGCUACAAGGAUAUCAUCAUCGAAGCCACCAAGCACAGGAACUCAGAGGAGAUGUGGAGGAGGAUGAACCUGAUGACCCCUGAGGCUUUGGCCAAACUCAAGGAAGAGAUGCGCAGCUGUGGUAUCAACUUCCAGCUGUACACAGGUGACGACUGCUGGGUCAACCUCAGUUACACGGUCGUAGCCUUCACCAAGCAGAUGAUGAGCUUCCUGGAGGAAGGCCUGAAGCUCUACUUCCCCGAGCUGCACAUGGUGCUGCUGGAGAGCCUACGGGAGAUCAUCCUGGUGGCCGUGCAGCACGUCGACUACAGCCUGCGCUGCGAGCAGGACUCCGAGAAGAAGUCCUUCAUCCUGCAGAACGCCAGCUUCCUGCACGACACCGUGCUGCCGGUGGUGGAGCGGCGCUUCGAGGAGGCCGUGGGCAAGCCGGCCAAGCAGCUGCAGGACCUGAGGAAGAGCACGAGGCCAGUGCGGAUCAACCCUGACAGCACCACUUCCUUGGUGUGAGGCGGUCAGGAACGCCCACGCAUCCGUUCCCUCCCUGCAAUUUCACAGCUGACUGAAACACUAAUUACUGCUUUUGGUUGUGAGGCUGCAGCAGCAGCAGCAAAAUGAAAACAGUAAGCACAACUUUUCUGUUCUCACAUAAAGGUUUAUUUUAGUUUAUGAAAAUAAUUCCUCUUCAAGAGUUGGACAUAGCAAAUACAUUGCAAAACCAAAAUCUAAGCAAGUCUUUUAGUGUAAAUAUCUUACUACACUUAAAAUAAUAA